UACCAAUACAAAAUACAAACACAACGUGUGUAUAAGUUCAUUCUGUCAUAACAACGUAUCGUAGUAUUUCUCUUAUUAGUGUACAAGUUCAUAUUUCGUAAAAGAACAAAAUAUUGAUUGUUAUUAAACAUUCAUUGAAAUUACUCUUGAAUUUUGAUAAUCUAUAAAAAAAUCUUAAAAAGUGUCUUGAUAUCAAGUUAACGCAAUCGAAGUUAACCUCAAAAACUAAAUAAUUGUUUAUUGUGAUUUUUGAUCCACACAUUGGGUUGUAAUUAUUUAUUAAACAUGUCAUCAUCCGGAGAUGAUCCUUAUGCUCACGUAUGUAAGGGUACUUUGAAGUUGAAAAAUAGCGACGGCAUCAGUAAAAAGAAAUCAAAAAAAAAGGAGCAAAAAAAACUUGUCGAAGUUGCGAAAAUAAUUGACGAAGAACAAACGAAACCUGUUGAAAUAAAGAGAACUCAAGCCGAGUUAGCCUUUUUAAAAAUGCAAGAAAAAAUGCAAACUGAAAGAAUCAAACAAAAAGCUUCAAAAACUCACAAGCAACGAGUAGAAGAAUUUAAUAGGCAUUUAGAUAGUCUUACCGAACACUUUGAUAUACCUAAAGUCAGUUGGACUAAGUAAUUUAUUUUUAUUAUUAUUAUUGAACCAAGAUCAAGUGAUUGUAAUUUACAAAACAUAUUAUUGUAACUAAACAUUUUUAUUAUAUAAGAUACAGU